CAAAUCUAGCUUACUUCUGUCAGCCCCAUCAACGCUUGGAGCACAGCUCUUCCCUGGGUCUCUCUGCAUAGGGUGGUUCUCUGCUAAGGUUACACAAGGUCUGAGCCAGAAGAGAAGAGUACGGAGCAGAGCCGCAGAGCCAUGAAUAUUAUCUUGGAUCUCCUCCUGCUUCUGCUCACCAUCAUCUACUCCUACUUGGAGGCAUUGGUGAAGGUUUUCUUUCCCCGAAAGAGAAAGUCUGUGGCUGGAGAGACUGUUCUCAUUACAGGAGCGGGGCAUGGAAUAGGCAGGUGGACUGCCUACGAAUUUGCAAAACAGAAGAGCAGACUGGUUUUGUGGGAUAUUAAUAAGCACGGUGUUGAGGAAACGGCAGCCGAAUGCAGAAAACUGGGAGCCACUGUGCAUACAUUUGUGGUGGACUGCGGUAACCGCGAAGACAUUUAUAACUCCGUAAAGCAGGUGAAGAAAGAAGUGGGAGAUGUAACCAUCCUGGUGAAUAAUGCUGGGACAAUAUAUCCAGCUGACCUUCUUAGUACCAAGGAUGAAGAGAUUACCAAAACCUUUGAGAUCAACAUCCUAGGACAUUUUUGGAUCACAAAAGCACUUCUUCCAUCCAUGAUAAAGAGAAAUCAUGGCCACAUUGUCACAGUGGCUUCAGUGUGUGGCCAUGGAGUGAUUCCUUAUCUUAUUCCAUAUUGUUCCAGCAAAUUUGCUGCUGUUGGCUUCCACAGAGCUCUGACAUUAGAACUGCAAACCUUGGGAAUAACUGGGAUCAAAACCUCGUGUCUCUGCCCAGUUUUUGUGAACACCGGGUUCACCAAAAACCCAAGCACAAGACUGUGGCCUAUUUUGGAGACAGAUACAGUUGCAAGAAGCUUGAUAGAUGGAAUUCUUACCAAUAAGAAGAUGAUUUUCGUUCCAUCAUAUUACAAUAUCUAUUUAAUACUAGACAAAUUUCUUCCUGAACGUGCCUUGGCAGCUCUAAAUCAUUUACAGAACAUUCAAUUUGAAGCAGUGAUUGGCCACAAAACCAGAAUGAAAUGAAUAAUUAAGGUCCCACCAGAGAUGUAUGCACCUUAAUGAUGUAAAUCUAAGUUUAGGAUCAAUGCUUCAAAGCUUUACUUCACAUUUUUCAAUACUGUUAAUACUAAAAAACAUUGGUUUAACAUUAGCAGCAAAUGAACAAGACUAAUUACCUUUCUCAAGAAUAUUAAUGUAGUUUUAACAGUCACAUCCAUUUUUCAUUCCAUGCCUCUUAAAACUUCUGUGGUUACAUAAACAUAUUCAAAAGGCCACUUUUCUUUAAGACAUUUUAUUUCUUUUCUUUCUGCUUAGAGGAGAACAAAGCUACCUCCCUGAGAAUAAAUACAAAAAGAAUUUAUUCCACAGGGAAGGUCGAAGGCCGAAGGCCUUGUCAACAGGUACAUGGUGUGAGCUAACAGUUAGAGAUGUUUAAGCAGGCAGCUAGGCUCCAAAGGACAAAGAGUUUACUUCUAUGAAAUCCAACAUUUGGAAGCUUUCUCUAGCUUCUCCCUUUUCAUUAGGCCAAAACAGUGCAACAGUAUUCUGUAGUUUCUUGAUUCUGUCCUUUGUAUAGCUCUUAUAUCCAAAAGAGUGGACCCUCCAGACUUUCUGCCCUUUUUAUAACCUCUCAAAAUACUAUAACAUUACAAAAGGUGAACCUCUCUUGAAUCUCAGAAUAUCUGCAAUUUUAACCCCAUAACCUCUUUCUUUGUAGCUUUUGCUUUCACAUAUCAUUGGUACCAGAGAUGUUGAGAGAGUUUUGAGUGUCAAAAAUGAAAGCUAACACAGAAAAAAGGAAUUAGUCUGACUACCUAAUACUAGACAAUGGAUCUAACAGAUGAAAAAGAGUGAUCUCUUUUUUUAAUAGAAAAAAUAAUCUGAUUCCUGCUACAUCAAGACUAAUCUUGUUUUUGUGGUUUUCUCCUAUAUCAUAGACUGCUUUCACAUCAACUUGCUGCCUGUUUUUAUUAAAAAUAAAUGAUUAAAAACAAAUCAUUAAUAAAAAUUUCUUAAAUGAUAAAUAUGUUGUGCUUUUAAAAAAUAACCUCUUGUGUUUAUGAAACAGAGCUUCAAUGAAUCUCCUUCAGGAAGCAAAGAUCUGGAUGGUAAUAAGGGGUCCUGAGGUUCUCUCAACUUUGGCUUCUUUGACAGUAGGAGUGUUGGUUUAUCAAAUGACUUACUAAGUCCUUUCCAUGUGUGGCACUGAGCACAAUACUAUUGUCUUGAGAUUUUUUUUUCCUAGCUACUUUGGCAAUCAUUUUUGUUCAUGAUUACAUUUUAAUUCCUUGCUUUAAAACCCAGAACUGUAUAAGUGAACCUUAAAAUGUGUUCUCUUAAAAGUGUGAUUACAAAACUUCAAAAGAGAAAUAUGUGAAGUAGAAAAUAUGAGCCUACCCCCCACAAUCCCAUUCCCCAGAGGUUGAGCUAUUAAUGCACAGUCUUCUGAUCAUUUUCUAAUGCAUAUAUAAACAUAUAUAUGAUAAAUAUAUUGCAUUCUCUUAUUGUAUGUGUUACAUAAUAUGUUGAUAACAUGCAUUAUUGUCUGUAACUUGUUUAUUUACCUUACCAAUGUAUCACAAACAGCCUUUUCUUUCAGUAGAGUUUAACUUAUCCUUCUACUUGGGCUCACAGUACUAAAUGAUA